GGCCGCAAAAUUUCGCUUCGUACUCGCUUGAUUGUUGUUAAGCAGGAAACACGUUGUCUGCGAUAUCGGAUAUCGACCGCAAAAAGCCACAUGUGAGGCUCGGAAGUAUUUUUGAAAAUGCAACCACUUGCCCAGGGUUGAAAACUCCCAUUUAACGUAGUGAAACUAGUUUAGAAACCUCAACAUCGAUGGCAACUUUAAACGGGAAAGCCGAGAGCGGCAAAUUAUCUAUUGAAGACAACACGAAGUCAAAGCGGAAAAUCACCCUUCUCAAUGGGGUUGGAUUAAUUGUGGGGACCAUUGUGGGUAGUGGGAUAUUCGUAUCCCCCACUGGCGUAUACAUCGCUACCCACUCAAUAGGAAUGUCCAUAGUGAUAUGGAGCUUAUCAGGAAUUUUUUCCAUGCUUGGAGCUCUUUGCUAUGCGGAAUUGGGCACAUCAGUUACCCGAUCGGGAGGCGACUAUGCUUACAUCUACGUGGCGUUUGGGCCGUUGGCCGCUUUUCUUCGACUGUGGAUUGCCAUUUUGAUUAUCCGCCCCACAACGCAAGCGAUUGUGGCCAUAACAUUCGCAGAAUAUGCAGCAAAGCCCUUUUUCCCCGAAUGCAAACCGCCCGACAAUGCCAUAAGACUGUUGGCCGCUGCCUGUUUAUGUCUUUUGACUGCCAUUAAUUGUCUGAGCACAAGAUGGACGAUGAGGAUUCAGGACAUUUUCACCGUUGCCAAGCUGGCGGCUCUGGUUGCCAUUAUUGUGACUGGAUUGGUUUAUUUGAUAACUGGACAUACCGAGAACUUUUCUAAUGCCUUCGAUGGGAACUACGACGCUUUCAGCAUAGCGCUCAGCUUCUAUUCCGGUCUGUUUGCCUUCGGCGGCUGGAAUUACUUGAAUUUUGUUACCGAGGAACUUCAGGACCCUUACAAAAACCUACCUAGAGCGAUAUGGAUAGCCCUGCCCCUAGUAACCGGCGUUUAUGUGUUGGCAAAUGUGGCCUAUUUCGCCGUUUUAUCUGGAGUGGAGAUGGAAAGCUCCUAUGCGGUGGCUUUGUCGUUUGGAAUGAGGAUGUACGGAAGUUUCACCUGGUUGGUUCCGAUCUUCGUAGCGCUCUCCUGCUUUGGAGGAGUGAACGGCAUCCUCUUCACUUCGGCUAGACUGUUCGCAACCGGCUCCCAAGAGGGCCACCUGCCUGCCUUGUUCUCCUACAUACACAUUCGAAGAAACACGCCGAUUCCCAGCCUAAUCUUCACGUGUCUAGCAUCGCUAGCCAUGCUGUUCGUCAGGGACGUGCUACAGCUCAUCAACUACUACAGCCAAAUGUUGUGGUUUUCUGUAGCCGCCAGUGUGGCGGGAAUGAUGAUCUUACGGUACCGCCAGCCAGACGCUCCCAGGCCAAUUAGGGUGCACACUUCCAUACCCGUUCUCUUUUUGUGUGCCUGCGUUGUUCUCGUGAUUCUCCCCAUUCCGCGCCAGCCGCUGAAUAGCAUCAUUGGAGCGGCGAUCACUCUAUCAGGAGUUCCCAUCUACUACCUCUGUAUUAAAUGGAAAGACAAGCCUGGCAACUACACGGUAAUUGUAGGGAAGUUGACUCGCUUUGUGCAGCAACUCAUGGAGCUGACGUCCCCGGAAGCGACCCAACUACUUUCGCAAUCCUAAUCUGAGGAUUAUUAAGUAUUUUUUUGAUAAGGUUGAGGUUCGACGCUUACAGUUUUUGUUAUUUGGGCGCUUUGACUCAAGAUUCAAGGAAAAAGAUUUUAUUAUCGGAUUCCAACAGCCAUAAUUUUGAGGCAAACGACUACAACAAAUAUAAAAAAUGUAAACUAUCGUUCCUGUUCAACCACUUUGCAUUUUUGGAUCUCGAAUCUGCCGCAUUUUGCUUGAGAACGAAUGUGACCAAUUGUUAAAACAAUCAAACGUAUACAAAAUAUAUUUAUUGAGGCAUGUAACCCACA